AUGGAGAAGAAACAUCGUGAUGUUUUGAAAGAGUACAGAAUGGAAAUCGUUCGUGAUUUGGAUGUUGACAAAGCUACAUCAUUCUUGUAUUCGAAAAGCAUCCUAUCAGAAAAUGAUCGUGACAAGAUUAAAGCGAUUAAAACAUUGGAAUCUAAAAGUGAGGAGCUCUUGGAUAUGCUUCCAAGUCGAGGACCGGACGCGUUUGGUUUUUUUGUGGAAUUUCUCGAUAAAAAUCAAUCAUUUUGGGUUAUGGAUAGCGAAUAUUCGAGCUUAGGUUUAGCUAACACUGAUUCGAUAGUUGCUUAUUGCGUUACUAAAGCUGCAGAUUAUUUCCAAAUUGUUGUUAUUAAAGGUACAAAGCAACCAGUUGAUAAUGUAGAUGCUCCAGCGCGUGAUCUCGAUGAUGAAAAGUCUCCUAAAGAAACUGACGAAGAAUUAAAACAUGAGAACUCCCAGAACACUUUUGGUAAAACCACUAGUAGCUCUACACAAGAAGAUGGGAAAUGUUCUAAAUUGAUUCCUAAACCGAAUGAAGGUAAUUGA